GUUUUCCUGUCACUCCCCAUGUGAGGAGACACCAUAACAGGGACCAUGUGAGGCGUCAGACAACAUAACAAGGACUACAUCAGACACCAUAACAGGGACUACAUCAGACACCAUAACAAGGACUACAUCAGACACCAUAACAAGGACUACAUCAGACACCAUAACAAGGACUACAUCAGACACCAUAACAAGGACCAUGUGAGGCGUCAAACACCAUAACAAGGACUACAUCAGACACCAUAACAAGGACUACAUCAGACACCAUAACAAGGACUACAUCAGACACCAUAACAAGGACUACAUCAGACACCAUAACAAGGACUACAUCAGACACCAUAACAAGGACUACAUCAGACACCAUAACAAGGACUACAUCAGACACCAAAAAAAGGACUACAUCAGACACCAUAACAGGGACCAUGUGAGGCGUCAGACACCAUAACAGGGACCACGUGAGGCGUCAGACACCAUAACAGGGACCAUGUGAGACGUCAGACAACAUAACAAGGACUUCAUCAGACACCAUAACAGGGACCAUGUAACAAGGACCACGUAAGGCCAGACGAUGGUCAUCGGGGCCACCACAACAGCGACCAGCGCCAGACCAGCAGCAUCACAACCAGGUCGGCCAUGGUGGAGCGCACCAAAGCUUCUGUGAGACACCUCACCCCCUGCGUCACAUCCACCGAGAGCGAAAGCCUCACACGUGUGCCCAGACCACAAGUUCCCCUCCGCGCAAACGCGAGAAUAAAGCUGGCCAACAUUCUAGAAGCUUCUCCCUUUAUCUCUCCGGUCCUGAUCUUGGGAGGCGAAGACAUCUUGGGGCCCUCACAGGUCACCAUGAAGCUUCUUGUCCGCUCCUUCGGCCUCACGAUUCUCUUGGUUUUUCUUCUUGGAAUACUUUUCAUGGACGGGAAGAGAAGCUUCAAUUUUUUUUUCCGGUGGUCCUCGCGAUGUGCCCCCCCGGACCCCAAGUCCCCAUCUUACUCUUUCCAAAGGGAGUCGGUGUCUCUGGAUGAUGGGGUCCAUGUCUACCACCUGAACUUCUGCCCACUCCAAGAAGAGUUCCCCCAUCUACAGAACUAUCUAUGCUCAGUAACUCUCACCCCCAAGAUGCAGCUUGAGGCCUUCAAACCCCUCAUAGUUCUGGCCAUCAAAUCUCACCCCGAAUCGGGGUCCAGAAGGGCGGCGCUCAGGAGAACGUGGGCACAGAAGUGGCAGCUCGACAGUUAUGAGCUGAGGCCGAUAUUUCUAAUGGGUCACACGAACGUAUCUGGACAUAUGGAGAGUGUGAGGACCGAGAGCCAGAAGUACGGAGAUGUUCUACAGUGGGACUUCACCGAGGGGCACCACAACCUAUCCCUCAAAGAAAGAUGCUUCUUAAAAUGGGUGGUCCAAAGGAUCCCCCAUGUGGCUUUCAUAUUCAAAGGUGAUGAUGAUGAGUACGUCAGUCCUCCAGCCUUGGUCCAGUACAUAAAGACAUUCGCCACUGACCCGCGGGUCCUCCAUGGAUAUUUACGACCUCACUCCGAAGUCAUGCGGCAUACCAAAUAUGCCGUUUCGGAAUAUAUUUUCCCAGGUAACAUCUACCCCACCUUCCUAUCUGGUGGAGGGUUUCUGUACAGCGGGCCGGCGGCCGAGCUCCUCUACACCGUAUCUCAGAAGAUGCCUGUCUUCCCAUUGGAUGACGUCUAUUUCGGGUUCUUAGUUCUGGCGGCUGACUUAUCAUUUAGGCACGACAAGCGAUUUUACGUCUAUGGAUUAAAGUUCGAGCCUUGUCAGUAUCAGAAGGCCUUGGUGGUCCAUGGUGUGAGCCCCGAGGAAUUAGUAGAAAGAUGGAGCAAAGCGCAGAAUGCGAAGUGUCAGAAGAUGGAGACCGACCCUCCGGAGAAAGAAGACUCUGCCCAUUGAUGUGGCCCAGUGGGCCGAUGUCCUGCUCCCUGGUAUCUCCAAUACCUAUAGCAUGUGCUCAGGCCUUCAUGGUGGUGAAUCCUCACGUCUUAGAGAUAUCUUUCAGGCCUGUGACAUCACAUCUGGUCGGUGAUGUCACACAGUGGGGUGGGGGGGGGGAGUGUCCAUAUAUGAACAAUCAGCCUGCUCAUUCUGCCCCUAGUGGUGUCUGAGAGGUAUCUUCAGAAGCCUGGGCCAUUACACCUGGUUAGUGAUCCCAGCACUGUUUGAGGUAUAACACUUACUAGAGUAUUCAGCCGCACCUUUACAGGUUCUUCUAAAAAAAUUAGCAUAUUGUGCUAAAGUUCAUUAUUUUCCAUAAUGUAAUGAUAAAAAUUAAACUUUCAUAUAUUUUAGAUUCAUUGCACACCAACUGAAAUAUUUCAGGUCUUUUAUUGUUUUAAUACUGAUGAUUUUGGCAUACAGCUCAUGAAAACCCAAAAUUCCUAUCUCAAAAAAUUAGCAUAUUUCAUCCAACCAAUAAAAGAAAAGUGUUUUUAGUACAAAAAAAGUCAACCUUCAAAUAAUGAUGUUCAGUUAUGCACUCAAUACUUGGUCGGGAAUCCUUUUUCAGAAAUGACUGCUUCAAUGCGGCGUGGCAUGGAGGCGAUCAGCCUGCGGCACUGCUGAGGUGUUAUGGAGGCCCAGGAUGCUUCGAUAGCUCAUCCAGAGUGUUGGGUCUUGUGUCUCUCAACUUUCUCUUCACAAUAUCCCACAGAUUCUCUAUGGGGUUCAGGUCAGGAGAGUUGGCAGGCCCAUUGAGCACAGUAAUACCAUGGUCCGUAAACCAUUUACCAGUGUUUUGGCACUAUGAGCAGGUGCCAGGUCGUGCUGAAAAAUGAAAUCUUCAUCUCCAUAAAGCUUUUCAGCAGAUGGAAGCAUGAAGUGCUCCAAAAUCUCCUGAUAGCAGCUGCAUUGACCCUGCCCUUGAUAAAACACAGUGGACCAACACCAGCAGCUGACAUGGCAUGUUCAAUAGUGGCAGCUGACAUGUUUCUGGUUCAAAAGUGUCUUGACCUGGGGAAUGCGGCACCGGUAGCCCAUUUCCUGCACACGCCUGUGCACAGGGCUCUGGAUGUUUCUACUCCAGACUCAGUCCAUUGCUUCUGCAGGUCCCCCAAGGUCUGGAAUCAGUCCUUCUCCACAAUCUUCCUCAGGGUCCGGUCACCUCUUCUUGUUGUGGAGCGUUUUCUGACACAUUUUUUCCUUCCCAUUGAGGUGCCUUGAUACAGCUCUCUGGGAACAGCCUAUUUGUUCAAUAAUGUCUUUCUGUGUCUUACCCUCUUGCUUGAGGGGUCAGUGAUGGCCUUCUGGACAGCGGUCAGGUCGUCAGUCUUACCCUCUUGCUUGAGGGGUCAAUGAUGUCCUUCUGGACAGCGGUCAGGUCGGCCGUCUUACCCUCUUGCUUGAGGGGUCAAUGAUGGCCUUCUGGACAGCGGUCAGGUCGGCAGUCUUACCCUCUUGAUUUUAUUGUAUAAUCGCUAACUCACAAGGGCCCUGUGAUAUUGGCACACACUAUAUAUAUUUAAUAAAUUAAUAAAUUAUUUUAACCAAAUAUUCAAGACCCUGAGCCUCAAUAUCUAUUUCCUGUAUUAUAUAAUAUCCACAGACUGUAAUGUGUAAUAAAUAAUAUCUAUAGACAAUAAUAUAUAAAAUAUAUAAGAUUUUGUGGUUGAGCUUUAGUUUUUUGUCUGGAGUAGAAACAUCCAGAGCCCCCGUGCACAGGCGUGUGCAGGAAAUGGGCUACCGGUGCCGCAGGUCGGCAGUCUUACCCUCUUGCUUGAGGGGUCAAUGAUGGCCUUCUGGACAGCGGUCAGGUCGGCAGUCUUACUUACUUGAGGGGUCAAUGAUGGCCUUAUGGACAGCGGUCAGGUCGGCAGUCUUACCCUCUUACUUGAGGGGUCAAUGAUGGCCUUAUGGACAGCGGUCAGGUCAGCAGUCUUACCCUCUUGCUUGAGGGGUCAAUGAUGGCCUUCUGGACAGCGGUCAGGUCAUCAGUCUUACCCUCUUGCUUGAGGGGUCAAUGAUGGCCUUCUGGACAGCGGUCAGGUCGGCAGUCUUACCCUCUUGCUUGAGGGGUCAAUGAUGGCCUUCUGGACAGCGGUCAGGUCGGCAGUCUUACCCUCUUGCUUGAGGGGUCAAUGAUGGCCUUCUGGACAGUGGUCAGGUCGGCAGUCUUACCCUCUUGCUUGAGGCGUCAAUGAUGGCCUUCUGGACAGCGGUCAGGUCGGCAGUAUUACCCUCUUGCUUGAGGGGUCAUUGAUGGCCUUCUGGACAGCGGUCAGGUCGGCAGUCUUACCCUCUUGCUUGAGGCGUCAAUGAUGGCCUUCUGGACAGCGGUCAGGUCGGCAGUCUUACCCUCUUGCUUGAGGGGUCAAUGAUGGCCUUCUGGACAGCGGUCAGGUCGGCCGUCUUACCCUCUUGCUUGAGGGGUCAAUGAUGGCCUUCUGGACAGCAGUCAGGUCGGCAGUUUUACCCUCUUGCUUGAGGGGUCAAUGAUGGCCUUCUGGACAGCGGUCAGGUCGGCCGUCUUACCCUCUUGCUUGAGGGGUCAAUGAUGGCCUUCUGGACAGCAGUCAGGUCGGCAGUCUUACCCUCUUGCUUGAGGGGUCGAUGAUGGCCUUCUGGACAGCGGUCAGAUCGGCAGUCUUACCCUCUUGCUUGAGGGGUCAAUGAUGGCCUUCUGGACAGUGGUCAGGUCGGCCGUCUUACCCUCUUGCUUGAGGGGUCAAUGAUGGCCUUCUGGACAGUGCUCAGGUCGGCAGUCUUACCCUCUUGCUUGAGGGGUCAAUGAUGGCCUUCUGGACAGCGGUCAGGUCGGCAGUCUUACCCUCUUGCUUGAGGGGUCAAUGAUGGCCUUCUGGACAGCGGUCAGGUCGGCCGUCUUACCCUCUUGCUUGAGGGGUCAAUGAUGGCCUUCUGGACAGUGCUCAGGUCGGCAGUCUUACCCUCUUGCUUGAGGGGUCAAUGAUGGCCUUCUGGACAGCGGUCAGGUCGGCAGUCUUACCCUCUUGCUUGAGGGGUCAAUGAUGGCCUUCUGGACAGUGGUCAGGUCGGCCGUCUUACCCUCUUGCUUGAGGGGUCAAUGAUGGCCUUCUGGACAGUGCUCAGGUCGGCAGUCUUACCCUCUUGCUUGAGGGGUCAAUGAUGGCCUUCUGGACAGCGGUCAGGUCGGCAGUCUUACCCUCUUGCUUGAGGGGUCAAUGAUGGCCUUCUGGACAGCAGUCCGGUCGGCAGUCUUACCCAUGAUUGCGGUUUUGAGUAAUGAACCAGGUUGGGAGUUUUUACAAGCCACAGGAAUCUUUUGCAGGUGUUUAGAGUUAAUUAGUUGAUUCAGAUGAUUAGGUUAAUAGCUCGUUUAGAGAACCUUUUCAUGAUAUGCUAAUUUUUUGAGAUAGGAAUUUCGGGUUUUCAUCAGUUGUAUGCCAAAAUCAUC